ACUGAGGCCCAGGGAGGCAAAGCCUCCCAGCCACCCUCUCCCCCGCCCCCACACGGCCGCCUCCUUCUUCCCUGCGUCACCCUCAUUGGCGGCCCCUUUCCCUCUGCAGGCGGCUCUGGGGCUCCAUCCCACACCCUCUCCACAUGAGGCCAUGAGGCACCCACUGGACCAGGGCCAGGUCACCCUGCCCCGUCCCGCCCCCCAUCCAGGAGCUCCUGGCUGCUGCAGGUCCCAUAGAAUCCUGGACUGUGCCCAGCUGGUCCCCACUGCACAGAUGGGGAAACUGAGGCGGGGGGAAGAGGAGCACCUGGCCCCUGGCCACACCGGAAGAGAUGAGAAGGGAGGCUCAGAGAGGUUGAGUUACUGUCCAAAAUCACACAGCCAGUCAGGGAAGAGCUGGGGUGCAACCCCUGGCCUGCUGGCCCCCCCACUGCUGCGCCCCCUCCUCUCCCCCAGACCACGCCCCCUCCGGAACCUCCUGCUCCUGCUGUGGACCCUCCUGAACUGUGGUUUGGGGGGCAACGCUCAGGGUCCGGGUGAGUGGACUCCAUGGGGUUCCUGGAGCCGCUGUUCUAGCUCUUGCGGGCGAGGGCUCUCCGUGCGCAGCCGGCAAUGCAUCCGGUUUCCCAGGGAAGUGCUGUGCUGGGGGGACACCCACGAGUACCGCCUCUGCCAGCUGCCCGAGUGUCCCCCAGGGGCCGUGCCCUUCCGAGACCUCCAAUGCGCCCUCUACAAUGGCCACCCUGUCCUGGGCACCCAGAAGACCUACCAAUGGGUUCCCUUCUACGGUGCACCCAACCAGUGCGACCUCAACUGCCUGGCGGAGGGGCACGACUUCUAUCACAGCUUCGGCCGUGUGCUGGACGGUACCCCCUGCAGCCCGGGUACCCAGGGACUCUGCGUGGCUGGCCGCUGCCUGAGGGCCGGCUGUGACGGUUUGCUGGGUUCGGAUGCCCGCGAAGACCGCUGCGGCCGCUGCGGCGGCGCCAACGACUCGUGCCUCUUCGUGCAGCGCGUGUUCCGGGAUGCCGGUGCCUUCGCUGGGUACUGGAACGUGACCCUGAUCCCUGAGGGCGCCAGGCACAUCCGCGCCGCCCACCGGAGCCGGAACCACCUGGCGCUGAUGGGGGACGACGGGCGCUACGUGUUCAACGGGAACUGGGCGGUCAGCCCUCCCGGGACCUACGAGGCAGCGGGCACCCGCGUGGUCUACACCCGCGUCACAGGGUCAGAGGAGACGCUGCGCGCCGCCGGGCCCACCUCCGAAGACCUGCUCCUGCAGGUCCUCCUGCAGGAGCCCAACCCCGGCGUUGAGUUCGAGUUCUGGCUCCCCCGGGAGCGCUAUGGCCCCUUCCAGGCGCAGGCUCAGGCCCAGGGCUGGUCCCUGCGGCAGCCGCAGCCUCGGGAGGUAGAUCCUCGGUCCCCUGACUCUCCCGCUGCCCCCACUGUUAUCCCCCCACGGACCCCAGGCCACACCCCAGGUGAGCUGGGGACAGCCUGGGCGGGGGCGAGCAGGGAGGCAAAGCCUGCGCCCCUGACUGCACUGCCCCCGCAGACCCCUGCCCACCCUGCCCUGACACCCGCGGUCGUGCCCACCGGCUGCUCCACUAUUGCGGCAGCGACUUUGUGUUCCGGGCCCGCGUGCUGGGCCGCGUCCGGCAGGCCCAGGAGACCCGAUAUGAGGUGCGGGUGCAGCUCAUCUACAAGAACCGCUCGCCACUGCGGGCCCUCGAGUAUGUGUGGGCGCCGAGCCACUGCCCCUGCCCAUCACUGGCCCUCCAUCGGGACUACCUGCUGGCGGCCCGGCGCCUCAUCAGCCCCGAUGGCACUCAGGACUGGCUGCUGCUCCCCCAUGCUGGCUACGCCCGGCCCUGGAGCCCCGCCGAGGACAGCCGUGUGCGCCUGGUCGCCAGACACUGCCCCCUCUGAGCCCCUGGACCAGACCUCUCCACACACGGCUGACCAGGCUCAAAGUCAGCAUAUUUCCCCUCUUGCCAUAGCUUCCAGGGAGCUCAGAACUAUCUCCCACCUGCAGCUCUGUGACUCCGCACCACACACACUCAGACACCCCUGCACUCAGUCAGAGCCACUGUCGGAAGCAGGCACGCACUGGUGAGGAUACACUAAAUGUACUCUUUAGCUCUGAUUUCCUCUCUCACCCUGGCUGCCAGGAAACUCAUAGCUAUUUUACUCUCAGAGACUCUGUGUCUGCUUUUAUUCCCCUUGCCUCACACUCAUUUGCUGGGAGACACUAUCACACACAAGCAUGACCCCGACAAAGACAUGCCUAAGGAGACCUUGUAAUGUAUCCAUUUCCCCUCUUGCCCUGGCUACCAGGAAGCUCACCACUGUUUAACCCCCUGACAGUCUGUCUCUCCCUUCUCAUUGUCACUUAACACACGCACCCUCACGUAUUCAGAGACACUGUUACAAACAGGCAUGACCCCCUAGAAAACAUGCCUACCUAGGCACUGUAACGUACCAAUUUCCCCUUUUGCCCUGGCUACCAGGAAGUUCAGAGAUAAUCUUGACACCCCUCUUUUAUUCUUUUUUUUUUUUUUUUUUUUUUUUUUUGCAGUACGUGGGCCUCUCACUGUUGUGGCCUCUCCCAUUGCGGAGCACAGGCUCUGGACGCGCAGGCUCAGCGGCCAUGGCUCACGGGCCCAGCCGCUCUGAGGCAUGUGGGAUCUUCCCAGACCCAGGCAUGAACCCGUGUCCCCUGCAUUGGCAGGCGGAGUCUCAACCACUGCACCCCCAGGGAAGCCCCUCCUAUUUAAUUUUUACAAGCACUUUUUUUUUUUAACAAGGGCACCCCAUUUUCACAUACUUGGCUGCAGACACUUCAGGAUGCCCUGUUAGUCAGAUCCACAGCCACGUUGUCACCACCUGUACACACGCGAUCACGUGCACCUCGUCCCCUCCUCCUCCUGGUCCAGCCCCCACCUCCUCUCACCGUUUCUGACACUGGGGCAACCGUGAAGAUGGGGAAUAUAAGAGGAUGGGGGAAGGCGGGACUUUCUGAGGUUCCAAGCCUCUUCCCGAUGCCCCUUGGGGCCACAUAUUCCUCUCAGGCCAUUCAGGGGGCCCCCUCCCCACCCCCGAGCAGAGCAGGCAGGUCAGAGCCCCCACCCUCAGCGUGUGCCCUGUCCUCAUGUGUCCUGAAUGUAGUCUCCUCAUAGAUUCUAGAGCCAGGAGGCCAGGCCUAGAUCAUGUGUGGAUUGGAAGUGUCGGUGGGGUGUCACAUAGUCACCCAGCAAACCCCUUCUGCCUCCCCAUCCUGAGUGGGGUGACUCACACCGUCACCUGGGACAACCUGCUCGUCUGUACCAUCUGUGGUUGUAUCUUCCUCUGGGGCGCGGAAUGGUGGGAGUGUGCAAGGGGUGCUGGACAUGUGGGUCUCAAUGGACUUGGCCGCUGACCUCAGGCCAAGCCCUGCCCCUCUCUGGGCCUCAGUUUCCCCAUCUGUGUAUACCCUUUCAGCCCCUCCCAGCCCUGACCUUGGGAACCUCACUCUUCCAGACUCCUUCCCUAGCCCUUCUGUUCAUUUGUGCAUUCCUCCAAAGAAUUUUUCUUUUUCUUUUUUU